AUGGUUACUGCGAUAAAACCCAUCUUCCUGCUAGAAAGUGCGUCAAACAAUCCACCGCCAUCCUUAAAUUCAACACUAAUGCAGAAACAACCAAAGCAGCCAACGACUAUUCAAAGAAUCAUGUCUGCUGGAAUGGGGGCAGUUCUGACAUCGCUACUGAUGACUCCAUUUGAUGUAGUCAAGACAAGAUUGCAAUCAGAACAAGCAGCAUUUGAGCCAAACUUGAACAAGCGAGCAACCUGUCCUAGAUACUUUUUAUUAGACAGCGACGUGCUUUCAAGAAACUGUAAAUCGGUAGCUUAUAGGACUAGACUGCAUAACCCUAUAUCCGAGUCCAUGCAAGGGCUUAAUUUAAAAAAUGUUUCAAAAGUCGUAUCUGGCUCAGGAUCUUUAAUGAGCUCAUUAGGACCUACUCUGGGUGCAGAGCCUGCAGCAUCAAUUUUAUCAAUCUCACGCAAUGAGGGGUUUAGAGCACUCUGGAGAGGGUUAACACCUACUUUAAUUAUGUCAAUUCCAUCCACCACAGUAUAUUACAUUGGCUACGAUUUUUUGAGAGAAGCGUUUGGCAGGCAUAUGUCACAUAUGGGUAUAGAAGCGUACGCACCGCUUGUUGCAGGAGCAUUGGCACGAAUUAUAUCAGCAACAGUGAUUUCACCGAUUGAGCUAGUCAGGACGCGAAUGCAAGCAGGAGAUAGUAGCAUGAGAGAAACUAUGCAAGGUAUAUCCAACCAUAUCAAAUCUAAUGGGCUGCAAUCACUGUUUCGUGGAUUAUUACCUACGCUAUGGCGAGAUGUACCAUUUUCAGCCAUAUAUUGGGUGGGGUACGAACAGAUUAAGAAAGAAUUGGUUGUUUCGGAUAAACAUGGAAAUGUGGAGAACGAGCUAAAGUCAUCAUUUAUCGCCGGCUCCGUAUCUGGAUCUAUCUCGGCGAUUUUAACACAUCCAUUCGAUGUAGUCAAAACAUUACAACAAAUAUCACAUACCAAUAGUACUAAAUCUCUUUCAAUGCUGGCAAGUUUCCAUGGCGUGUUGCAACAAAGUGGAUGGAGGGGACUGUUUACUGGGCUAGUUCCACGAUUCGUCAAGGUUGCACCUGCUUGUGGCAUCAUGAUAUCCAGCUAUGAGUUUGGAAAGCGGUUGUUUUCUGGAUACUAUUCGUGA